CGUUUUAAUAGAUAUCAAAUAGUAAAGUGAGAAAUACAGAAUGAAAUCGUUUCUCGUAGUGUUUCUUGUUGUUAUUGCAGCGGCUUUUGCUGACGAAAAAGAAUUUGUCGCCGAAUUUAAAGCACUCAUAAAAGAUGUUGGGACGAAAUGUUUAAGCGAAGUUGGAGCUACAAACGAUGAUUUAGAUUCUUUAAUAAUGAAGAAAGAAAUCCCAACGAAACACGAAGGAAUGUGUCUUAUUUUGUGCAUGCAUAAACAUUGGGGAAUUCAAACAGCCGAUGGUAAAAUGGAUUUAGAAGCUGGACUUAAAUCUAUAGCCCCACUAAAAGAAUUUGAUGCCGAUGCUUACUCUAAAGCAACAACUGUUUUUAAAACUUGUCACGAAAAAGUUAAGGAAGAUAGUGAUCCUUGUGUUACCGCUACUCAUAUGGCUAAAUGUGGCAAAGAAGAAAGCGAAAAAUUAGGACUCCACGAAAAUUAUGACAUUUAAAACUAAAAAAUCCGAUUUAUUGUUAUUAAACUGUUAUUUAGAUCAUACUUUUUUAGAUCGAUUUUUGAUAGAUGUAAAACGUUUUUAAUUAAAUGUUAUAAAGCAGUACA